AUGGCGGUAAGUUUGGAAUUAGCGCAAUUUAUCGCUUUGUAUAUUGCAGAAAAUGUUGAAGCAGAACCUAGAGAAAAAAAGAGAUUAAGAAUCUUAAGCAAUGAAGAACGCAUGUAUAUUUAUCAUGAGCUACUACAAAAAAGCGUUGAUGGAAAAUUACGUAAAGGAGCUACAAAUGAGGUGGCUUCAUCAAAUUCGGUUCCUCUAAGAACUGUUCAACGUAUUUGGAAAAGAGCAAAAGAAAGUGAAACACGUGAUGUCUCUCAUAGGAAGACAAAAAAUUGUGGACGUAAGAGAAUUUCAAUUGAUGAGAAUCAAAUUCGUGAACUUCCUUUCAGUCAAAGAACAAACAUUCGAUCUUUAGCUUUUGCGUUGAAAACCAAUCCAACAUCGGUGUUCAGGCUUAUAAAAUCAGGGGCUAUACGGCGUAAUUCAAAUGCCAUAAAACCACUGUUGAAAGAAGAAAACAAAAUAUCUAGGCUGGAAUUUUGUUUAUCAAUGCUUGAAGGUACACCACAUGAUCCAAUGUUUAAGAGCAUGCACAAUAUUAUUCAUAUUGAUGAAAAAUGGUUUUAUAUGACUAAAAAAUCCGAGAAGUAUUAUUUGCUCCCAGAUGAAGAUGAGCCAUAUCGGACAUGUAAGAGCAAAAAUUUCAUUGCCAAAGUUAUGUUCUUAGUUGCUCAAACUCGACCACGAUUUGACUCAGAAGAAAAUGAAACUUUUUCGGGUAAAAUUGGUGUUUUUCCGUUUGUUACCCAUGAACCGGCUAUAAGGUCAAGUAUUAACAGAGUUGCGGGAACAAUGGUAACAAAAGCAAUAACUACGGUAAAUAGAGAUGUGGAUAACGCAAGGACGCAUAUAAACCAUGAUGAUCCUUUAUUCCGUGAAGCUGCCACCAAGGAUGGGUUUGAUAUUCGUUUAAUGUGUCAGCCUGCAAACUCUCCAGAUUUGAAUAUCUUAGACCUUGGUUUUUUCUCGGCUAUACAAUCAUUGCAAUACAAGGAAGCACCGAAAACUAUUGAUGAACUUAUCAGUGCAGUGGUGAAGUCAUUUGAAAAUUUUCCUUCAAUUAAGUCCAAUCGUAUAUUUGUAUCAUUGCAACUAUGCAUGAUAGAGAUCAUGAAAGAGAAAGGUUCCAAUAAAUAUAAAAUUCCUCAUGUAAAUAAGGAAAGGCUUGAAAGAGUAGGACAACUACCAAUUCAAAUUAAGUGUGAUCCAAUAUUAGUACAAGAAGUCAAAAAUUACUUAAACAUGGAGUAA